UAUAUAUCAUUUAUACAGACUUCAUCUCAACUCGCCUCCCCCGCCACCGGCUUUUGCUCUCUACACCGAUUUGAGCAUCGGAAAACCGAACCCCCGUAAAAACCCUAGAUCUAACUCCACAACCUCUCUCAGUCUCUCCUCCGAUCUCCCACAAAGGUUAAGGAUGGUGUCGGACGCGAGCAAGAAGAAGGCGGCACAGAAGAAGGCGGCGGCGGCGGCCAAGAGAGGAGGGAAGACCGUGGCGGCUGCCUCUUCGAAAUCCGCGGCCGCAUCGGAUGCGCAGAAGUUGGAGAACGGAAUUGAGGCGCUUCAGAUAUCCGAUCGGACCUGUACCGGCGUGCUCUGCUCGCACCCGCUCUCGCGAGAUAUCCGCAUAGAGUCUUUAUCUGUUACAUUUCAUGGACACGACCUUAUAGUUGAUUCUGAACUGGAGCUUAACUAUGGCAGACGUUAUGGAUUGCUUGGAUUAAAUGGGUGUGGGAAAUCUACACUCCUCACUGCAAUAGGGCACCGAGAGCUUCCGAUACCUGACCACAUGGAUAUCUUUCAUCUCACAAGGGAGAUUGAAGCUUCUGAUAUGUCUUCACUUGAAGCUGUCAUAAGCUGUGAUGAGGAGAGGUUGAGAUUGGAGAAAGAAGUUGAAGUUUUGGCUGCACAGGAGGACGGGGGUGGAGAAGCACUUGAACGCAUUUAUGAGCGUCUGGAAGCUUUAGAUGCAGCAACUGCAGAGAAACGUGCUGCUGAAAUUUUGUUUGGUCUUGGAUUCAGUAAGCAGAUGCAGGCAAAGAAAACUCGUGAUUUUUCAGGUGGCUGGAGAAUGAGAAUUGCUUUAGCACGUGCCCUCUUUAUGAACCCAACCAUCCUGUUGCUUGAUGAACCUACCAAUCAUCUUGAUCUAGAAGCUUGUGUCUGGUUGGAGGAGACUUUGAAGAGGUUUGAUCGUAUCCUGGUUGUGGUGUCACACUCCCAAGACUUCCUGAAUGGUGUCUGCACUAGCAUUAUCCACAUGCAAAGCAAGAAAUUGAAGCUGUACACUGGUAACUAUGAUCAGUAUGUUCAGACACGUUCUGAACUGGAAGAGAACCAAAUGAAACAAUACAAGUGGGAGCAGGAGCAGAUUUCUUCAAUGAAGGAAUAUAUUGCUCGAUUUGGGCAUGGUUCGGCUAAACUAGCUCGCCAGGCGCAGAGCAAAGAGAAAACAUUGGCAAAAAUGGAGCGAGGUGGACUUACUGAGAAAGUGGCGAGGGACAGGGUACUGGUCUUCCGCUUUGCUGAUGUGGGAAAGCUUCCGCCGCCAGUACUUCAAUUUGUGGAAGUAACAUUUGGGUAUACACCUGAAAAUCUCAUUUACAAGAACAUUGAUUUUGGGGUAGACUUGGACUCGAGGAUAGCUCUGGUCGGACCCAAUGGAGCUGGGAAGAGUACACUGCUGAAGCUAAUGACUGGUGACCUGGUUCCUAAUGAUGGAAUGGUCCGGCGGCAUAAUCACCUUAGAAUCGCACAGUUCCAUCAGCAUUUGACUGAGAAACUUGACUUGGAAUUGCCUGCCCUUCUGUUUAUGAUGAGAGAGUACCCGGGAAAUGAGGAAGAGAAGAUGAGGGCAGCAAUUGGAAAAUUUGGACUGUCUGGGAAAGCCCAGGUGAUGCCAAUGAAGAACCUAUCAGAUGGGCAAAGGAGCCGGGUGAUCUUUGCAUGGUUGGCAUACAGGCAGCCCCAGUUGCUGCUACUGGAUGAACCAACUAACCACUUGGAUAUCGAGACAAUUGACUCACUAGCUGAAGCAUUGAAUGAAUGGGAUGGGGGUUUGGUUCUUGUUAGCCAUGAUUUCAGGCUCAUAAACCAGGUAGCCCACGAGAUAUGGGUGUGUGAGAAUCAAGCAGUUACCCGGUGGGAGGGUGAUAUCAUGGACUUCAAGCAGCAUCUAAAGAGUAAGGCUGGUAUAUCUGAUUGAAGCCUGUAGCAGGAUGGAUCCAAGGUUCUCUAUAUUAUUAUUAGAGACCCUGGUUUACUUAGUAUUACAAUUGAAGCCAGGGAUUACAGCUUCCGAGUAUCUGGAUUUCUUCUCCCAGAUUGUGAAGAAGGCCAAAGAGCAGAAUAGGUCAUGAAGGCUUGGUUAUUCUGGUUAUUGAUUCAAGCUUAACAGGUUCUAUGCCCUCUGCUGCUCCUUUAAUACUCAUCAUUAUCUUUACGCUCCUAAUUUAUUUGGUUGUUGACCAAGGUUGAUAUUUUACAAUAUCUAUUUGUGGUAGUCCUAUUGCGAAUUAUUGUGAACCCAUCUUGUACCUGCGUUUUAUUCCGUGAAAAUGAUAUGUUGUACUGGAGAGCCUAUUUGAUAA